AUGUGGACGAUCGAUAACGGCAACCGAAGAUCUUGUAGAGAUCACAUGAUGAGAACCAACGGGAAUAUCGACUGUCCUUUUUCUCUAAAGUUGCAAGAUUUUCGAAGCCAGCUAGGUGCUCUCUUCAAUUCACGCCUCUCACGCCCCGGGCUUCUGGGUAGAUUUCUCUUGUGCAAGGACUGCCUCUUGCCAUUCCAGCUUGCACUCUACAAAUGGGGAACUACAUUGACUCUAGAGCUACCAGCUUACUUUCACCAGGAGGCCCACCCCAACUUGUUCAUGCUCACUUUCCAAGAGUUCAUUGCAUCCCAUCGUCUCUGUCCACUUACCAUGGUCGAUCGAAUGGUACAUGAAUUCAAGGAGUUAUUUGUGACUGUCUGGAACACUGAACCUAAGGAUAAGUGGGUUGCCAUGAAAAUAAUUCAGAGAUCCAGGCAUUAGCAACUCAAGUGAUGGCUUGGGUUAGGUGCAAGAGGCUUAAUAAAUUCGACCAGCCCUGCACUUGGGAAGCAGAAUUGUUGCAUCUUUCCUGUCUACAAGCUGAGGACAUCAACCUCUCUCCAAUGCAUUGCUGUGAUUUGGCAAGACACAUGACUAAUCUUUCCUCGAUGAUUCAGGAGUGGUGCACCUCGGGGAUGAAAUUUCUUGGCACACGAGAUCCUGUGUGACUUGGCUAUGCCGGCAACAACCAAUUCUUCCAUGUCAUGGCCUACACGCAUCACAAGAAGAAUAUUGUCAAGGAGUUUAUCGUUGAUGGUGUUAGGUAUAGGGGCGAGCAUGGACUGCAUAUUGCCACAAGUUACUUCAAACAACUACACUCCGAGCCCAUAUUGGUAAACUCAGCUCUAUGAAUUAUUCUUCUCUCUCCUUACAGUGGUCUCUUGCCUUGCAGGUCCCAUUCAUGGAGGACAAAGUUAUGACGACGUUAAAGGACUUGUUGAGCUGGAUGAUGGCAACUCUUGAGGGGGGGUGCAUGAGGAUGUGUUCCGGAUUUUUUUGGGACACCAUUUGUGCUGAUAUGUUGCAGUCUUUUUUUUUUUUAGAGUUUCAUGGUAAUGAAUGUCUGCGACCUUCUUUAAAUGUUUUACUCAUCACCUUUAUUCUAAAUCCUUGGAAUCUGGGGAUAUAUCUUCUUUCUGGCCUAUCGCUAUUUGGUAUCUUUGUACCCUAUUUGAACCAAGGUGCUUCCUACCCGUCUUGUACCCCUCAUGUCCAAUAUAAUUUCUACUCAAUUUGCCUUUAUAAAAAGGUCGACGAAUUCAGCAAUGGAUGCUAGUUUUCAUUCUUAA